UAAACUGCCUGCAUUCGCAGUCUUCAAGAUAAUGAACGGGAAUUGCGUAAAGUUGGAUUUACUGAGCUUGGUAGUCACGCCUCUUGAGCUUUCGUAGAUGACGUUACGUUUUUGCGUGAUUGUUGGGGGAUUGGAUGCUAAGACUUUAGUAUAUGUAGUUUUUGACAUGGGUGAAUUUAGUAAUGGCUCGUGUUCUAAAUCACGGUUAUUGUUUUGUUCCUUGUGGUCAGAGCAUUGACAGCAUUUUUGGAACUUCAUUUGAGCAAAAUCUGCGCCAUGUAGAAAGCAGAUCAAAGACCUUGUUUGAAGAAAUUAGAGCUUCAGUUAUAAACAACGAUGAUUCUAACCGUUCAUUUUGGAAACCUGUUCUUCCUUGGGGAGGAGUAUUUGCAAUUAGAGCUGGCCGCAAAGCUGUAUCCUGCAUACCCUUGUAUGUUGAAAUAAGCCUGAAAAACACAUGCUCUAUUGAUGGAUUUUUAAUGUUGCUUUAUGUUAUUCUUCGAGAAAACAGUACUUUUCCAAGGGAGUUGUCCAGCUACUUUGGCAAAGAGUUUAUUGAUCAUUUUCUUUAUUUGAUGGAUUCUUACGAUUUUACCACAGUGAAGUUAUUAUGGAUCUGGAACAAGAUGGAAAAACAACAGUACAAAUCAAAAAUUCACAAAGCUUCUUUAGAGAUAGAUUUGUUUGGAAAUGAGCACGAAAACUUUACAAAAAAUCUUGAGAACCUCAUGUCUACAGUGCAGGAAAGCUAUUGUUCUAGCUGGAAGUGUCCACUGCGUGUACAAAAAGAUAUGCAAAAAACAGUUACAAUCAAUCCUCCAAAUGAAAUUCCCCAUGGUGACCUUAUACAGCAAGCUGUGGAAGAAUUCUUCUCUUCAAGGCUAGAGAAGUGUGAAGAAUACAGAUGUGUUGGGCAAAGGCAGUUCUCUCAGCGCAUUUUCUGUUACGGACCACCACCUUUUGUCAUUUUAAAUAUGCAGCAGUGGAAGUCUGAAGAACUGGCUUACGUGCCUUACCAUCUUGCAUUAUCCAGUCACAAGUACUUUUUAGAGGGUGCUACCCUCUUUAACAAGGAGGAACACCAUUAUUCUGCAGCUUUUCAGAUUGAUGGAUUCUGGAUGCAUUAUGAUGGGCUAAGGACAGACAACCUCAUUUUACUAGUGAAACCACCUGAAUUUCUCCUGUUGUCUUCCCUGGUGUAUAUUCGAGCAAGUGGAAGAUGAUUUUUUUUUUUUUUUUAACUCGUGUGACACAGACAUGAGCCUGCAAUUGUUUUAUUCCCAUCAGCUCUGCAAGGGCUUGUUGAUUUGCUUGGCAUCCAAGAAAAAAAAGUUUGGACUACAGUAGUUCUGAAAUGUUUUAGCCAAAGUAAACUGAAAGUGGAUAACAUUUUUGAAGACUGUAGAUAACAUGUAAAACUAUGCAUUAAUUUCAGGGACAGUAAAAUAAUUUUAUAAAAAUGUUUACAAUUAUUUUUGUAAAUAAAUUUAAUAUUGGUGUUUCAGUUA